GAAUGGGACAAGAUGUGAAACAGGGUAUGGUACAGAAGAUCCGUUGCGGUGUUUGUCUAUCAAUCAUAUUCAUAGUAAAAUAGUAAAUCUAUCAAUCAUAUUCAUCAAUGGCGUCGACGAACCCUCAGCCGGUGGCUGCACUGCAUAACGUGUUUGUCUACGGCAGCCUCUUAGCUGACGACGUCGCUCGUGUCCUCCUGAAUCGUGUCCCCGCUUCGUCCCCAGCCAUCCUCCAUAACUACCAUCGGUUUAGCAUCAAAGGAAGAGUUUACCCAGCAAUCCUACCUAUUGAAAAUAAGCAAGUAUCUGGGAAGGUUCUUUCGGGCAUUACUCCUUUUGAGUUGCAUAUUCUCGAUGAGUUUGAGGAUGUUGAGUAUGAAAGGCAGACUGUCGAUGUUUAUUUGAUGGAUAGCUCUGAAAAGUUGCAGGUAAGCACUUAUGUUUGGAGCAACAAGACUGACCCAAAGCUAUAUGGAGAGUGGGAUUUUCAGGAAUGGCAACGCUUGCACAAGGAAGAUUUUAUAAAGAUGUCACUGGGUUUUAUGGAAGAACUGCAGCUACCUGAAUCAAAGCCAAGGGUGACAACUUAUGAAUCUUUCUUUCAGCCAAAAACUGAUGGUCAGAGUUGAGCACCUUGACAUGAAUCCUUAACAUCAUGCUUCGUGGAUCAUGACAGGUGAUUCAUUCAUAUGUGCUGCAAUUUAUACAGUGUAUAUAAUUAGCCUAUGAACUUGGGCUUUAUUUGGAGGCCACUAUCUAAGCAGUUGCAAUAGGAGCUAAAAUAACACCAGAGUGGUUUCAUUUGCCUUGAUCAUGGAACCUGUCCUUGACAUGGCCAGCAAUAUACAGUAUCAAAUUCUCCAUCUUCAAUUUUCAAUAAUUUUUUUUGCUCAAAUUUGUAUGAA